AUGAUAACUGAAAGUCUAGUAAGAUAUAUUGCAAAAGACAUGCUUCCACUUUCUUCGGUAGAUGGUAUUGGAUUUCUAGAAUUCAUGAGAACAGUAUCACCAAACUAUGAAGUACCAUGCCGAAAUACUAUUAAAAGAAGAAUGCUUGGACUUUACUUGACCGAAAAAAACCGAGUUGCUAGUGAUUUGAAUGGUAUAGAUUUCAUUGCCUUAACAACAGAUUGUUGGACUAGUAGAUCUACUGAAUCAUACAUCUCAAUCACGGCUCAUGGAAUCACUAAUGAAUGGAAAAUAGUGAACUACAUUUUAACAACCGAGUUGAUGGAUGAACGUCAUACAAGAAUCAAUUUAAAAGAAAAACUGUUGGAUAUUAUACGUGUCUGGGAUAUUUACAAUAAAGUAGUUUGUAUUGUUCAUGACAAUGCAAUUAAUAUAAAAAAUGCAGUUUGUUCUAUGGCUCCUGAUAUAAAAAGUAGAACUUGCUUCGCUCAUUCGCUGCAACUUUGUGUUAAUAAAGGCUUAGAAGAUAAAUCAAUCAAAGAUUUACUGAGUACAGCUUCAUCAAUUGUAUCACAUUUUAAACACUCUACUGUAGCUUCAAAAGCUCUUUUAGCAGCUCAAAAAAAUUUGAAAAUGUCGACAAACAAAUUAGUACAAUCGGUAAAAACCAGGUGGAACUCUGUUUAUGCUAUGCUAGUCAGGCUUAACGAUUCCAGACAAGCUAUUUGUUCAGUAUUAAAUGACCGUACAGUUACUACAAGAACAACUGCAUUGACAUUGGAAUUGAGUGAAAGUAAAUGGGAGUUGUUAGAAUACUGGAUCAAAGUUCUUGAACCUUUUAAUCUCGUUACAAACAUAUUAUCAUCAGCAAAAACUCCCACAAUUUCUACUGUGCAGCCAAUUUUAAAAAGUAUUGUGGAUAAUUUUUUAAAACAUAACAAUACAGAUCUUCAACAAAUUCAAACAUUUAAAAGAAUAUUAACCCGAGAGUUUCAAACAAGAUUUUUCGAUGCUGCUCAUGAAGAGGACAUUUUUAUUUUAAAUAUUGCAUCUUUUUUAGAUCCACGUUACAAAAAUCAUUUCACUGAUAAUAACAAUGAUGGAAUGAUGGAUUUAAUAAGAAAUUUCAUACAGACACAACUAAAUUUUGAUGAUGGUGCUGGAAUUAAUCAAACCGACAGAGACACUGCCCAUCAUUUAGAAAUGACUGCUCUUGAUAUAUUAUUCCCAGACAAUGAAAGAUGCAGUGAACAAAAUGAACUUGAUAAAUAUGUAAAAGAGAAUACAAUAAAUAAAAAUGCUUGUCCAUUAGCUUGGUGGAAAGAAAAUAGUUCAAGAUAUCCAAACAUUUCAAAACUUGCAAAAAAAUAUUUGUGCGUUCCGUCCACCUCAACACCUUCAGAAAGAGCGUUCUCUAACGCAGGAAAUAUUAUAACAGCAAAAAGAAAUUGUUUAUCAGGUGAAACGGCCAAAUGGUUAAUCUUCUUUUCUCAUAACACAAAGCAGCACAAUUAA